CAGCAUAAUGAGAUAUUUUCAGUCUCAUGCGAAUCCCUUUCGCAAACACUCCGCUGAUCUAUCUUCACGAUGAUGUUGUGUGCAGUAUGCAUGUCUAUGUUUCAAACUAACGUGAAGCAAGGGCAUCACCACAAAGAUUAUAAAAGUGUUGCCACCGCUGCAAAGAAUGGGUGCAGAAUCUGUUACUACAUAAGCCGCAAGCUUCCAUCUGAGGAUUUGAAGCCUCUAGAAUAUGAGGUUAGGUGGGAUAACGCAUGGGAGCUUCAUUGGGAAAUUGAAUUCUACGAGACUGGCACCGAGACAUCAAUUGACGACGGCAAGUCCCCGAUCUACUCAGACUGGUGCGUGUUUGUCGAUGUGUCUUCAUCAUCAAAACCUCCAACCGGUUAUGAGGAGUUUCUCGGCUUUGUUGCUGCUGAUCGAGGCUCGGAGCCCACGAGGGUCCGAACGGAAUUUCCUUCGUUGCGAGAUAUCCCCAAUAAUACCGGCCACCAGGAUGUUGCACGGCUGGCUAAGAGGUGGCUUCAGACCUGUAAAGACCGUCAUGAUUGCGGAUCUGCUUCGGAGGACGGCUGGCAUCCCAAGCGACUCAUUCAUGUUGGCAAUGAACAACAGUCCCCAAGACUGAUCAUUUCGGAGAAUGAGAGACCCGAAGGCUGUUAUGCGGCAUUGAGCCAUUGCUGGGGAGAAGACCCAAAGUUCUUCAUGUUAACAUCCGACAACUUAUUCGACCUUUGCAGCGAGAUCCAGCUACAGAGCCUUCCAGCCAGCUUCAGAGACGCAAUUAUAACCUGUCGUCGAAUUGGCAUUCCCUACAUCUGGAUCGACUCGCUUUGCAUCCUACAGUCUGGCCUCGGUUCUCAUGAAGAUUGGCUCUCACAUUCAGAGGACAUGCAUCUGGUUUAUCACAACUGUGACUUGAAUAUUUCCAUCGAUGUUUCCGAGAACCCCCAUGGAGGUGCUUUCAGGUCGAGGAAUCCGACGUAUCUGCAAGACUGUUAUGUCUGGACUCCUUUUUACGCACCUCCCAAAAGUUCAAGCAAAAGCGAGCACGACAUAGGUGAUGGCACAGAAAAGUCAAAUCUCUGGAGUAUCUGCGCAAUAUUUACCGCUGACGAUUUCUCUUGGGCAAGAGUAGAUCUCCCUCUUAGUGACAGGGCAUGGGUAUUCCAGGAGCGACUCCUUUCGCCCAGAACCUUACAUUUUAGUUCAGACCGCAUUUCCUGGGAGUGUGAUAGAAGCCACAACCUCACUGAAUAUCUACCAGAAGGAGUAAGCGACGAUAGAUGGAACGGCUUCGACUGCUUGGCCCAAAACGCAUUCAGUGUUCGUGAAAAGGGAGAUCUUUUCACAUACUACUACGACCUUGUGUUCCCAUAUACGAACCGUCAACUUAGUCAUCCGGAUGAAGACAAACUUGUUGCUUUCGCCGCCGUCGCCCGACGUUGUAUCUCAUGGUUUGGCAGCGACUACUGUGCUGGAAUCUUUCGCAGCACCAUGCCACAAGGUCUUCUUUGGGAGAUGUCUGCCGUUGGGCAGUUAGGAAGGUCGAAGGUUUACCGUGCACCGUCUUGGAGUUGGGCCAGCUUGGAUUGCCGUGUGAGAUUCGAUAUCUUAGACGGUGAAGGAACUGUUCUAGUCGAUGUAGUCGAUGUUGCGGUGGAAUUGGUUGACCCAAAUAACCAAUUCGGUCAAGUAAAGUCUGCUUCUUUAAUAUUGACUGGACCUCUAGUAGCGUCUGAUGAACUCAUCCUCAAGGACGCCAAUGAUGAAGAGUUCUUGGCCGAAGGUAGACCUGGUCGUGAUGGCUAUCAAGACAUACAAACUAUACUAGGGCACACUUUUGGCAUCAGCGCCGAUACUGUGCAUCUGUGGGAGGAGGCUGAAAGGAAGGCUUGGCUGAUCUCCCAAAAGAACAUGUAUCUCCUUGCAGUUUUGGAAACAUCGAAAAAGCCCCAUACAUAUGGUCUUCUGUUGCAGAAGAAUGAUGAUGGGACUUUCACCAGAGCUGGAAACUGGGAGGCAGGGCCGGGGUUUGUAUCGAAGCAUGCAGACGCGACAUGUCCGUUCAUAUCAGAAACAAUCACAAUAGUUUGAACAUGUUAAUUCGCAAGGAGAGGAAGAAAGGUCCUCUAGACCAUAGUAUACCCUAAAUUGAAAUAAUAUUAUGAGACGAAA